CACCCAUCCACCACCACACCAAACACCAUCCAACCUUUUCUCUUUCUCCCCCUCCCCUCCUCCCUCCUCCCCCCAAAAUGCCAAUAACCACAGUCCAACGCCUAGACGCCCCCUCCAGCUAUUUCGAAAAGCGCGAACGCCGCCGCAGCACCUCGCCAAAACCCGACCCCCUGAAGGACGCUUCGACCCUGUACGUCGGCAACCUCUCCUUCUAUACGACGGAGGAGCAGAUCCACGAACUCUUCAGCAAGUGCGGCGAGAUCAAGCGAUUGGUCAUGGGCCUGGACCGCUUCACCAAGACCCCUUGCGGCUUCUGCUUCGUCGAGUACUACACGCACAAGGACACGCUGGACGCCAUGAAGUACAUUGGCGGCACGAAGCUGGAUGAGAGGAUUAUUCGCACGGAUUUGGAUCCUGGGUUCAAGGAGGGGAGGCAGUAUGGUAGGGGGCCCACCGGUGGGCAGGUCAGGGAUUAUUAUAGGGACGAUUACGAUCCUGGGAGGGGGGGGCCUGGGGGCAGGGAGCAGAGGCCUGUUGCCAAAGGGUAGCAUUUGCGCCCGGGCCGGAAAAAUCGAUUCCCUGUAUCUGACUGACCCUUUUUUCCCUUCUUUUCUUUUCUCUUCUCUUUCUUCUUUUCUUUCAUAAAACCCAGCUUAGUUGUCGCAUGGGCUCUUGUUAGGGGUUUGUUUUGUUGUUUUCUUAAAAAAAAGAUAAUUAAUUUUACGGGCUUAAGCUUGUGGGUAGCUCCUUUCACAAAAUGCUCAAACGAUUAGCUAGUAGGUGGGGCUUUGUUAGAUAUUUCAAGGCCCUCAUUCGAGCUACCUACUGUAAUCCCGAUCGCCGGAAGUCCCCCCCCCCAGCAUGAGAAAAGGUUACCCAGGG